AUGCUGCGAUUUGUCGGGCGGAUCUUAACCCGCAGCAGGAAGAAACAGAUUGAGGAAUUCAACCUGCUCGAGGCGCUGGCAGACCACGCGCCCGACGUCUUCCGCGAUGAGCUCGUCUUGAAGCACCUCGACUUGACGACCACGUCGUUGCUGUGGCAAACCUCGAAAAAGUUGAAAGCUGAGGUGACCGCCACCGGGGCGUUGAGCGGGGUAUGCUCUGAGCCGGGGUGCGAUUGCGAGUUAUUCACUCUGCAGCUGUCACGUGAGUGGAUCUGUCAAUGUUCUAAGAACUGUCCAACGGUGCAUUACGUCAACCCUGAGCUCUUCGAGACCGUCGAGCUCGCGAAGUGGGCGAAAGAAAACGGGGCCAAGUUCGACGCAAACUUUACCGAGAAGGCUGUGGAGGCUGGAAACAUCGACGUGUUGAAGUGGGUCAUCUCCGAGAACUGCGCGAUGCCUUGCAGCGCCAUCUUGCAAGCUGUCAGGCAGGAUCGCAAGGAUAUGUUUCUUCUGUUGCGCGAAGCGGGGUGCCCAGUCCCCACAUGCGUCUGCAAACACGCCGCUUUGAAAGGUCACCUCGAGCUCCUGAAGUGGCUGCACGAAGAGCAAGGCUGCCGUAUCGACAGAUUGGAAGACUAUCACUCUACAUGCAUCGUCGACGAGCGAAUCUUGAAAUACCUGUCGGACCAUCGCGCAAUCGAUUUCACAACCUACACAAUAAACGCAAUGGAAUGGGCUGCCCGGAGGGGAAACCUGCGUCUGGCCAGGUGGUUGGUUGAUGUUUUGCUAACGGAGGGUCGCACGAUACCCUGGAACGGACUCAUAAUGGCAUACGCACUGUGGGAAGACAACCCUUUACGAACAUCCCAGGACGAACACAUCUUCGACGAGCGUUUCGUGGACUGGGCGAGGGCGCUGGGAUGCCCCGAGCCCACCCCGCGUGAUUGGGAAAUUUUUCACCAGAACGAGUGGCUCGCGAACUCGGACUCGGACGAUGCCGCCGAUGACGCCGAUGAGCAAUCGUCAGGUUCAUCAGAAGAUGAAACGUCAUCGGAAGACGGAGGAUGA